CCUUCUUACACACAUAAAAAAGUAUGAUUGGUUAAAUCACCCUCUGGAGAGGAGGGGACUCAUCUUCACAGUUUGCUAAAAGUCCCUAGGGAAGUUUGUCUCUCAUUCUUUCCACCCCUUCCUCUGAUUCCCUUUCUCCUCCCUAUGUAUUUAUAUAGAAUUGGUCAUUUUUCUGCUCUGUUGUUCCUGGUUCUUUCUUGAUGCUUUGAGAUUCAUUCUUUUAUCACUUCCCUUGUGUUAGAAGAACUUCCUUUAGGCAUUUUCUUAAGAGUAGGUCUGCCAGAGACAAAUUCUUUUAGUUUUCCUUCACCUGAGAAUGUCUUAAUUUCCCCUUCAUUCCUGAAGGAUAACUUUGCCAGAUAUAGAAUUGGUGGUAGACAGUCCCUUUUUGUUAGCACUUGAAAAAUAUGCCACUUUUUUCUAGCCUCCAUGGUUUCUGAUGAGAAAUCUGCUGUCAUUCAAAUGGUUUUUUUGUUGUUAUUUUUUGUUUUGAUUUUUUACCUAUAAGUAAUGCAUUGUUUUUCUCUGGUUGCUUUCAAAAUUUUUUCUGUUUCUGUAGUUUUCAGAAGCUUAAUUUUGUCAUGUCUUGGCAUGAAUUAUGGAUUUGGUCAGCUUCUUGAAUCUGCAGGUUUAUGUCUUUUGCCAAAUUUGGGAAGUUUUCAGGUAUUAUUUCUUCAAAUACUCUUGUAACCGCCUUCUGUUUCUCCUCAUCUCCUUCUGGAAUGGCAAUGAUAUGAAGUUUGAUCUUCUGUUAUAGUCCCAUGUGUCCCUGAGAUUCUUUUCAUUUUUUUUUUCAGUUUUUUUUCACUUGUUUUUCAGAUUGAGUAAAUUCUAUUGAUCUUUUCUCAGGUUCACUGAUUCUGUCCUUUGUCAUCACCACUAAACUAUUGAUCUCAUUCAGUGAGUUUUUAUUUGCUUGUAUUUUUUGGUUCUAUAAUCUCCAUUUUGUUCUCUGUUUCAUAACUUCUGUUUCUUUGCUAAGAUUUUGUGUCAGAAGAACUUGUAAUCAUGGGAGCAUUUUUGUGUUGGCUGCUACAAAUCUUUGUAAAUUGUUACUGGGCUGAAUUGUGUCCUCCUCAAAUUCCUACAUAAGUACCAGAAUUAGUGCAGAACGUCCAAGUUAAGGGCUUAUUCCCGCAAGACUACCUCCACUUCAGAUGCCAGCCAUGAGUGGGGUGCCCAGGCUACCUGCGUUUCUGCCUGGUUGACUACAAAUUCAGAGAUUCUCAUGUACCCUUCAGGUUCAGUUAUUUGUUAGAACAACUCACAGAACUCAGGAAAGCACUUAUGAUUAUUAGUUUAUUAUGAUGGAUACAACUCAGGAACAAUCAAAUGGAAGAGUUCUAUAGAGCAAGGGAUGGAAGAGUACAGAGUUUCCUUCCAUGCCCUCUCUGGGUGUGCCGCCCUCCCAACACAGUGUGUUCGCUAAACCAGAAGCUCCCUAACCCUGCCAUUGAGGGGUUUCUAUGGCAGUUCCAUAACAUGGGCAUGAUUGAUUAAAUCAUUGGGCAUUGGUGAUUAACUCAGUCUGUAGCCCCUGUCCCCUCCCUAGAGAUCUGGGGGUUGGCCUGAAAGUUCCAACCUUCUAAUAAUAUGCUUGGCUUUAAAUUCUAACCCCAUCCUGGUGGGGCUCCAGGGAAUGUGGUUGUGCGUGUUGACACGUGUGCCUUUCAGAGAAUUCUUCUUUAUCCUGAUGAGCGGCUUAGUGCCUGUGUCUGACCCAUGACCAGGUGUUCCUCUCCCAGGAAACCUGUUUAUUCUGGCAGACACCCUUGUGGCUCUUGUCUGACCUGGGUACAGCUUGUUCCUACCAAGAUAGCCACUCUCUAGGAGAGCCCUGACUGGGAGAGAAGUUAGGUUUGGGUGUGUGGGGCAAGUGAGAUGCAGAGGAGGCAACUCAACAGAACACAGGAAGUCACAGAGGCAGCACAUUCCUUACAGGUCCAGAUGGAAGAGGGCAGCACACCUCGCAGGGACAAUGGGAUGCAGAGAGCUGUCCACGAUAUACAUGCUCAGCCAGGGCUAGUGACAUUUGAAGAUGUGGCUGUGGAUUUCACCCAGGAGGAGUGGCAGUACCUGAACCCGCCACAGAGGACCCUGUACAGAGACGUGAUGCUGGAGACCUACAGCAACUUGGUCUUUGUGGGGCAGCAGGUUACCAAACCAAACCUCAUCCUCAAGUUGGAGGUAGAAGAAUGCCCGGCAGAAGGAAAAAUCCCAUUUUGGAACUUUCCAGAAGUCUGUCAAGUUGAUGAACAGAUUGAGAGGCAACAUCAGGAUGACCAAGAUAAACGUCUGCUGAUGCAAGUUGGAUUUUCUGACAAGAAAACAAUUACCACCAAGAGCGGUCGUGACUGUCAUGAGUUUGGAAACAUACUUCAUUUGAGUACAAACCUUGUUGCUUCAAUACAAAGACCCGAUAAACACGAAUCAUUUGGAAAUAAUAUGGUAGAUAAUUUAGACUUAUUUAGUAGACGUUCUGCAGAAAAUAAAUAUGAUAAUGGAUGUGCAAAAUUAUUCUUCCAUACUGAGUAUGAGAAAACAAAUCCUGGAGUGAAGCCCUAUGGCUAUAAAGAGUGUGGGAAAGGUCUUAGGCGAAAGAAAGGCCUUAGUCUACAUCAGAGAAUUAAAAAUGGAGAGAAACCCUUUGAAUGUACUGCAUGUAGGAAAACCUUCAGCAAGAAGUCACACCUCAUUGUACAUUGGAGAACUCAUACAGGAGAGAAACCUUUUGGAUGUACCGAAUGUGGAAAAGCCUUUAGCCAAAAAUCUCAGCUCAUUAUACACUUGCGAACUCAUACAGGAGAGAGACCCUUUGAGUGUCCUGAAUGUGGAAAAGCCUUCAGAGAAAAGUCAACUGUCAUCAUACAUUACAGGACUCACACAGGAGAGAAACCUUAUGAAUGUAAUGAAUGUGGAAAAGCCUUCACUCAGAAGUCCAAUCUCAUUGUCCAUCAGAAAACCCACACUGGAGAGAAAACCUAUGAAUGCACUAAAUGUGGAGAAUCUUUCAUACAGAAGCUUGAUCUAAUUAUACAUCAUAGUACCCAUACAGGAAAGAAACCCCAUGAAUGUAAUGAGUGUAAGAAAACUUUCAGUGAUAAGUCAACUCUCAUUAUACACCAGAGAACUCAUACGGGAGAGAAACCUCAUAAAUGUACUGAAUGUGGGAAGUCUUUCAAUGAGAAGUCAACCCUCAUUGUGCAUCAAAGAACUCAUACAGGAGAGAAACCCUAUGAAUGUGAUGUGUGUGGGAAAACCUUCACGCAAAAGUCAAACCUUGGUGUACAUCAGAGAACUCAUUCAGGAGAGAAACCCUUUGAAUGUAAUGAAUGUGAGAAAGCCUUCUCUCAGAAGUCCUACCUCAUGCUACAUCAGAGAGGUCAUACAGGAGAGAAACCUUAUGAGUGCAAUGAAUGUGAAAAAGCAUUUUCACAGAAAUCAUAUCUCAUUAUCCAUCAAAGAACUCAUACAGAAGAAAAACCCUAUAAAUGUAAUGAAUGUGGCAAAGCCUUCAGAGAAAAGUCAAAGCUCAUUAUACAUCAGAGAAUCCAUACAGGAGAGAAACCCUAUGAAUGUCCUGUGUGUUGGAAAGCUUUUAGCCAGAAGUCACAGCUCAUAAUACAUCAGAGAACGCACACAGGAGAGAAACCUUAUGCAUGCGCUGAGUGUGGCAAAGCCUUCCGAGAAAAGUCGACAUUCACUGUGCAUCAAAGAACUCAUACUGGAGAGAAACCCUAUAAAUGUACGGAAUGUGGGAAAGCCUUUACCCAAAAAUCAAACCUUAUUGUACAUCAACGAACCCAUACAGGAAAGAAAGCCCAUGGAAGAGGCCACACUCGGAAGUCAAAGUUCAUGGCACAUUAGAGAGCUAAUCAACAGUAUAUGUUAUGGACAUUGAAGGAAAGUUGUGUCAAUUUAAUUCACAUUUGAAAAGUAUAUUCCGACUUCUGGUUUAAAUAUGGGAGUAAACUCAGCCUUUCUUUUCAUCUCGGUCAUAACCCAAAAGCUACGGGAGAAAAAGCAGAAGUGUAAUCUCUGUAUCUGACAAAAUUAGAAGACGGCUGCAACCCUGAUAAGAGGGCUGCCACAGGCAGAGGAAAUGAAGCACUGGUGCAGGAGAUUUCAGAGUGAGCGUGCUCAAGGCUGCAGAUGCGAGACAGCACUGGUAAGGACUCUUAGCUGAGGUUCGGGAUAUACACCGAGGCGUGGAACCAUAAAUAUAACAGUGGUAAUAGUGCGUGGGCAGGUAGGAGGUAGGAUGUUUCCUAGACCUUUUGGGGUCCAAGGAGAAACAGGCUGGGGCCUCGAGAAGGAGUCACUCAGACAAGCCAUAUUUGUAGAAAGUAGUCUUCUACUGAUGGGAGAAACAGUUAUGGGGGUGCUGGGGGAAGAGAAGGGACUUUUCCUUGUGAAGAGCCCCACAGCUGCCCGUUUACUGACUUGGGAGAAGUAAAGUCAGAAAGAACUAACGUGGGGGGAAAAAAUCUCAGUUGUCAAAAAAAACUGAUCUGCUUGGAAUGUGGCCCUGGUUUCUUUUCCCACAUGAACCUCCAGCAAAUAGCAAGUCCAGGAAAAACUCUUCUCAUUCAAAGAGGAAUGAUUCAAAAGUAAUCAAAACCACAAAUGCAUUUGGUUUUGGGGCCAGCAAUUCCACUUCUAGGAAUGUACAUACUCACACAUGUACAAAAUGAUGAACAUACAGAAGUAUUCAUUAAUGCACUGUUUGUGAAAACAAAAGAUUGGAAGCUGUCUAAAUGAUACCGUAUCAGGGUUCUGGUUCCCUAAAUUGUGGUAUAUUCAUACAGCCUACUCCUGGGUAGACAACAAUGAAUAAAUAAGGAGAACUAGGAUGCCAUUUAUGUAGUGAUGUGGGAUAACCUUCAGUUUAUGUUAUUAGGUAGGAAAACCAAGGUUAAGGACAGUGAGUAUAAUAUGCUGCCAUUUGUAUAUACAAAGGAGAAAAAUGAUAAGUACAUAAUUGUGAAUUCGUAAGUUAUCUCUGGAAAGAGACACGAGAACCUGGUAACCCUGAUUACGCUGGAAGGGGAGGGAGCAGUGGUGGCUGUGGGGAUGGAAUUGAGAGGGAGACAACUGUAUCCUUUCAUAGUUUUUGAAAAUGUGGAUGUACUAUGUACUAUGUGGAUGUACUACCUUUUCAAAAAUAAAACAUUUUAAAAGCUA